CCGCCAUCUUGAUUAUACAAGUUUGUCUCGGAAAAGUUUGCUCUCUGAACUGUUGCUUUGAAACCGUUUUUUCACGAUUAAUUUUAUGGUUAUCAUCUGUUUUUCUUCAUAGAAAGGUAAAUUUUUAUAUAAAGGAGCCAUUCCAGCUAUUUAAUUAAAGGUAAAAGUAAAAUAAAGUGUACAUUUUUGAGCAACCGACACGGUGAUAUUUUGCCGUGAUAUUGGUUGCUUGUGCACGUGGUUUUGAUAACCAGAAAUAUUAUUUCAUGUUAUUGUGCUAAAAUAUGCAAAGCACUGUGUAUGAUGGUUGUAGUUCAGAAUUUGACAUAUAACAUGACUGUCAUAACAUAAUACGCACUUGUUUUGCCGUUUAUAAGCAUUUCAUUGUGGCUUAUAGACUUUCACCCAAGUGCCAGAGAAUAAUGGGGAGAAUUAUUAGCAGUUUGCCUUUUGUAAUGGCUGACUGUCAGUCAUCUUCCUGACAUUUACUGUGUUAAUUAAUGUAGAUUAGUGAAACAGUGGUUUGGUGUAGCAAGUAAAAAUCAUCUGGUAUUAGACAGAGUAAAAUAAUAAAGUAGAGUGUAUUAGGGGAGCAUAACAACCUAAAUGGGUUAACUAGACACUUGGGCAGAUAGUCUGUUUAACCCAUCGAGUGCCAGUCUCUCCUCUUGACAAGUACAAUCAUCUAGUCUGGAAAGUUUGGAAAUUGCGUGCCAGAGAUCUCAAAAAUUUAAAGGUAAAUGUAUAGAAAGCAUCCAAAUUUGUCCGGCCGAUAUCUCCGCCGCGCGAUACAAACUUUCCACACUGGCUGGUGUUGACAGAAUAGGUGGUAUGCAAGUUAUGUGACCAUCAGUCUGUCACCAUGUUGGAUGACAUUGACAAAGGAUUCUGCUUGUUUGCAAUGCAAAUAUCACCCAACAUGGUGAAAAUCUCUUUGUCCUUUGAAUCCCAUGGGAGUGGUUGCACAUCACCUAUACACAAAUAAGGCAGGGUGCACCAUAACAAAAUCAAAAGAAUCCUACAACUUUAUGUUCUAUUAUUAUAGGAGCGUUUUAUAUAAUUGGUACCAAUAAGAACCACCAUGAGUUCAGACAGACAUGAAGACAGGAAGGACCGUGAUCAUAGAACUGGUCGACCAAAUGACACAAACCGCAAUGACAGUAAAUCCAUCCGUUGCCGAGUAUUUGUUGGCAAUUUAGCAACAGAGGAUCUUUCUCGGCAAGAAUUUGAAGAAGUCUUUUCAAAGCAUGGUCGUGUUAUUGGUUGUUCUGUCCAUAAUGGUUAUGGUUUUGUCCAGUACGAGAAAGAAAGCAGUGCAGAUACAGCUGUUGCAAAACAACAUGGUACCACAAUCAAGGGAAAAAGAGUUGGUAUGUAGUUACAGUAACAAGUCAUUAAAUAUCUCAAGUUUUGACUUACCUCCAACUGAAUGCUACUGUUUACACUCCUGACUUACCCAGCUCACACUCAUUGAUCUGUGGGUUUCCGGUUUCCCCACCCUACCUGAACCAGUUCAAAGUCGAUGAUAUUUGAUGAGAGUUCAUAGGAGUCGAUGAGAGUUGGCAGUCAAACGCGAGCAAGAGUUGCAACUCUUGUUAACUCUCACCCUCAUUUGACCGAUGCUUAAGUCUAUACUAAAAAGGUGACAUUGAGGCUGCCAUUGAUUGAAACUUAAUUUAUCUUUAGAUGUAAAUUUGGCAGGUGAUAGAAGAAAAACAGAAAAACGACGUCCCCCACCUCCUGCUGGAAGAGGAAGGGGACAUCCUGGUGAUCGACCACGGUAAUAACUUGUGCUUGUGAUGUUAGUCCUCAAAUAAUCAUGAGAAAUUCACAAGAAAUUUAAUUUUCCAUUAAUGGGUUUAAGUUUUGAAUGGUUUUUAAAGAUUUACCAUCAAGAAACCAUGGGGACACUGAACUCUUACCAUUCAUGGUAAAACUGAAGUUUUACCAUUAUUGAUUAUUAUAAGUUCCCUGAUCGUAACCAAUGAUGUUUAAUUAUUUAUCAUUGCUGGUAUUUCAAAAUAUUUUCCUGUGGAAAGUAGUCUAAAUUGUAUAUAAAUUUUUGUUCAAAAAUUGGCAUAUAUUAAUAGUCUUAUAGCUCACAUUUGGUGCACUUGUUUUGCCGUUUGUAAGUUGUGUAUGGUUAGCUUACAAACUUUCACCCAAGUGCAAGAUAAAAAUAGGGAGAAUUAUUAACAGUUUGCCUUUUGCAAUGGCUAACUGUCAGUCGUCUUCCUGACAAUUACUGCAGGGUUUGGUUUUAAUGGGUUUUUGAAAUAGUGAAAAAUGCAGAUCACUUCUCCUUUGAAUAGUGUGCAAACUUUACUUUCCAAAUUAAGUCCAAAUUUUGCUUUGUAUUUUUGUUACCUAUAUUAUUUUUGUACUAAAAGUUUGUAAAAAGAAGAGUGUCACUGAAAUUCUUUUAGAACCUGCAAUAGAAAGUAACAGUUGCCAGACUAUUUUACUUGCCAAAGGGAGAGCCCCAUAGCUCAAUGGGUAACCUGAAGUUCAGGCCCUAUUACAGAAUAGGGCCUGACACAAAACCUAUCUAAACUGUGGGAUUCCCGUCCACCUGGUGGACGGGAAAUCUGAUUGGUUGAUCAGCAUCAUGAAGGAUUUUGAUUGGUUGCAAGUUUACAUAAACAACAGUUUUAAAAAUAGCUCGGUCAAAGGCAACAAUUAAUAAUAUAAAGGUCAAACGCACGUAACAAAUUCCAUUAUUGAUUUCUUCGAAUUUCUUUUCUUUUAUGCUUUAUGGCAGAAACAAACAAACAGUAUUUUGAAAGGGCUUUAUCAAAAUCUUGGACGAAUUUUGGAGACACGAUGCUGAAAGAACAGCCAAACUAGUCGUGUAUUCGAAAGCUUGUUGUUGACAGCCAAGCCGUUCUGCCAACUGGCUUCGCCGGCAAAAGUCUUAUUUUUAAUAUCAGGUCCUACAGGCGUUGUUUUCUGAGCUACAUCGCCUUCUUCGUGGUACGAUUGAGAAAUUCAUUGUUGCUGUUGUUAGCCCGUUAGAGUAUAUCCGCAUCCAGCAAGUUGAGAAUUGAAACCAUGAGAAAGCUUGGCAGUCAAGCCGUGCACAGAACUGACUAAUUAAAUAUUUGUUUGCUGUUCGGUUAAAUAGAGAAAUUGACUCUUUAUAAUUAUAUAAAAGUACCUUGAAUUUUUAAGUUUAAUUAUAAAGCAAAAUGCAAACUCUGCGAACAUGUUCAUGAGAAUAUAAUUUUUUUGUGUAACGAAAUCUACAACACUUGUCAAUCAUAUUGCAUGUUGUGUCUAAAAAUAACAUGUGGGCGUCCCACAGUCUAGAUAGGUUUUGUGUCAGGCCCUAUUUCAAAUUAGGGCCUGAACUUCAGGUUACUCAAUGGGUUAAUCAGACUAUCUACAUGUACCCAUGUGCAGGCCUUAAAAUAUCUUUUACAGGGCCGUCUGACAAAAUGUCCGGUGACGUUGAGUUUGGGUCGGACAUAUGUCCGAUGACCUUCAGUUCAGUUUUGGCUCGGAAAUAAGUCUGAAUGACACAAAUUAAUAAACGGUAAUUGUUGUAAAGAUAUUAAAUAAUUAGUUUCUUUCAUACUUAUUUCCAAGCCAAAAUUAACUUGCUUGCCAGAACAGCAGUGUUAAAAAAAGACUUCUUCGACAACUUAAGCCCGUUUUCCACUUCACCAUUUCGCUCGCCGCCCCGCGCUCGACUACGUUAAAACAACAUUUCCAGUUCCCCUUUUAUACAAUAGUACUCUGAUUUUCCAUUUAACAUACAAGCCUCUAGUCGUGGGCUAGGGUAUAUUUGAUUUACGUCGGACAAAGCUACAGUUUGGUCGGACACCAAUUCACUUGGGUCGGACAAACAAUAAACCUCAGUUUCACUUUGGUCGGACAGAAUGUCCGGUGGUUUCCUCUCUACGUCAGACAAUUUCAUGAAUGGGUCGGACAAUGUCCGUGACCGACCGAUAUUUUAAGGCCUGAUGUGUUUAGUUAACUUAAGUUGCAUUAUGCCCCAAUGCACCCUAUUUUAUCAUUUUAUUCUAAUGCCAGAUAAUUUUACUCAUCAAGUGGAGAGUGCUAGCGCUCAAAUAUGUCAGUCAGAUAACAAUAGGGGCAUUCCAUGUAAACAAUACACUACAAUUAAUGCCUACUUCGAAUAUAUUCUUGUCAGUGACCGUUCACCAUCACCAAAAGGAGGCAGACAUACAGGUGAUGAUCCGUUUGCAAUACCUGGCUACAGAGAAGCUCGAGAUCGCUACAGAGAUGAACAUUCUGAUCCUGAUAGACCUGCUGACUCUCCAUAUGGAAGACCACAUGAUGAGGUGCCAGCCAAGAAGUUAAGGCCAGACUAUGACUUUGCCCCACUCUCCCGAGAUCCUAUUCCACCACCCAUUGGCAAGCCUGUUGAGGCACCCAUUGAUUGUGAAAUUAUUAUAAUCAACAAACAGCAAAUGUAUGUUUGAUAAUUUGAUUUUAGUAUUUUUUUACUGAUUGAAUGCCCAUAUGACACUGAUUUUCUAAAAAUAUAUGUAUUCUGUUUAUGAUUUCCAGGGCAUAUGCAGAAUCUGUAGAGAAGAAAUUAAAAUCUCAUGGUUUGGUUGUGGAGUGUGCUCACUUGCCUGAAACAGUUCCACUUCUUGAUGAAUUAGACGAUGCAUCCAAACGUGGGGUACUGUUUGGAAUCAUUAUAAGUAGCCAACAUGAAGUACAUCGUUCUGUAACGGUUCAUAUCUUACAUGGAACACAACAAGGUAAAUUUUGUGGUCAUGUGAAUUGCACAUGGGCAAACAUAUGCAGUCACAUGAUAAACAUAGUGAUUGAAUGUAUGAAUGAUACACAAAACUUAUUCAGAAUGAAUAUAUUAUGGAAAAGUUCUAACUUAGCUGGAUCCCCAAAAUGUAUGAUCCCCAGUCAUUUUGGAUUUAACAUUAUUGUUAGGGAGUUGUUAUCCAUUAUUCCGGACCGGGAGUGCAAACCUAGAAUAAAAAGGUGGCACUUUCCUUCAGAAAAAGUCCACAUCAACCAGUCUAUACUAAACUUUGCCAAAUUUAUGGCAUUUUUGACAAAAGUAUUAGAUGGGAGUAGAGGGGUGUGUCCUCUCUAAUAAAUGAGCUGUGAUGCGCCCUGGUUUGAAAAUGUUUACAAUCGCUCAUUAGUUUUGUGUUGCUUUAUAUGGUGUCGAUUUAUUUUACCUUUUUGAUGCAUUUUCUGAACUGUUUUGCAGCCAAUUUCGUAGGGCUACCGGCUACGGUAAUUUUCUAUUUUUUUAAUGUGAAUUUUGCAGUUUUUAUGUCAAAUGGGUUCUACAGUUUGUCACUUUUGUGGUUUUGAAUUUUUAUGGUUAAUGUUCAUUGUGUGCAUUUUGGAUAUUAAUUCGAAGCAGAGUUCCAACCUUGAAUUUUUCAUACUUUGAGGGAAUUUGCAAGGAAUUUAAAUAUCGUAGGAACGUUUUUCGGUAUUUUUUCCCGUUUUUUGAUACGUUUUGAUAUAUUCACUUUUUUUGAACUUUUUGUUUUCAACACAUUUUAACAGAUUUUUGAAUUGCAAUACAGGAAGCAAUCUUGUGUGCCUGUAGAUUUUUACUUUUGUAUUUUGGCCUUAUGAAUUGCCUUUUUAUGACAGUAUAUGUUUGUUUUGGAAUUUUUUCGAAAAAGCUUUGCAUUUUUUUUGGGAAGAACUUUUUUGAGAAGAAGUGAAAUUUGUUGAAGCCAAUAUUUGGAAGGCAUUUGAAGUUUGAAAUUUUGUUCUCAGAGACAAUCCAUUUUCAGGAAACUUUUGUAAAAUAUUGGAAAGUAAUUCCUGCGAGUACUGCUUUUUAUUUUCUGUGAGAUUGGGUUCAAAUCUUCACCAAGUCUAUGGAAGAAGGUAGCCAACGCUCGGCUGAAUGUCGUGGCUUUCCCUCGCAUUCUACUGCAAGAAAUGUUAUUGUUAUGAACAACACCGUGAGGUGAUUAAGGUAGUGGUGGGCCAUACUAUCGAAAAAGUAUCGAAAUCAUUGAUACUUACAAAAGUAUCGAUACUUUCGAUAUUCGCAAAAAGUAUCGGUAAUUCGAUACCACUUGAGCCUGCGAUCCAAUCGCUUAAUAUUUCAUGAAGGCAACAGACUGAAGGCAAAAAAUGUUGACAUGAUGCUGUUCUCAAACAAAAACAUGUAGCUAAUUAGCAAUAUAUUUAAGGAAAACAUUGAACACGUUGAUAUUGUUUAGAUUUAAAAUCAUAAGAUACAAAUGUUAUGUUCGAUUAUUUGGCAGGUACUCCAGUUAGAGUAUUCUUUGAUUUGUUAACAUUAAUGUUCUUGUUUUAAAAGUUAUUUUAAUAAAUGGAAAGAAUUGAGUAUCGGUAUCGAUUUUGGUAUCGGUAUCGACCAAAAUUCAUGGUAUCGGACUGGUAUCGUAUCGAAACCAAAAAAGCUGGUAUCGCCCAUCACUAGAUUAAGGCAUUUCUCAAUAUAAAGAUUGUUAUCAUUAGGGUGGCUCAAUUUAGGAGACAAGCAUAGGAAAAUUUCGGAUUUACGUCUGGCUUGUACAGAACCAAUUUUUUUAAAGGUACAAUGUAAGUGUUAAGGCAAUUAUAACAUAAUGUUGAUGUACUGAUGUACAAGUAGUAAACCCCCAAUGCCUGAAGAGUGACCACAUUCUGUAAAUGUAAUAAUGUCGAACAUUGCUAACGAGUUUUGCUUCAAUUUUUCUCCAGAACACAGAAAUAUGCCUUUAGAGGACGCCAUUCUUCUUGUUAGUCGUAAUUUUGACACGUAUAUGCAAGCUCUUCGAGAUCGUGAGCUUAGGCCGGCUCUUCCUGCCGACCCGCAUGCGCCGAAGAAGGGGUACCCUGGUACCCCCGGUGCCGUGAGCUCGGUCGUACCUUCGCCAUAUUCUCGCGAGGUUAGCACACUUUUGAACAUCGCCGCAGACGGAAGACCUCUGACUGUUGAUGAAUAUACUUUGGUGAUUGACGAGUUUACCAAGCUUCGGAAUGAUUUACUUAAAAAAGAAGGAAGAGUGCCACCCUCUCCUGCAGGUAGGUGAUAAUCAUUUUGGUUUUGUAGAAAAUACCAUCAAAAUUUUUUUUGGAGAAGCUACCAUCUGUGAUACCCGAUGUUCCUCGGUGAAAAUAUAGUAGUUGUGUUGGUCAUCUCCCAGAACGUGUAAUAGUCUACCCCUAAUUUUUCGUAAAUAUUUUUUGCACUUUUUGUAAGUAGUAAAAUGAUUUAUAGAUUACCUUAAUCUGAACAGGGAAAGUUCCAUCAUUAUUAAAUGUCAAUAAUUCAUAAUUUAAUUGGGUUGGAAAAUGUUUGGAUCCUUAAGUAAUGAAAGAGAAUAAAAUUUAAAAUAUCCACACUGGAACACUACUUUCGAGUUGAAGAUUUCAUUUAGUAUAUUGUGUACAUUUUAUUGAAAUUUAAUCUUUAAGAUUGAUGGAAAUUAAAAUUAUAGAUAUUAUAAAGCAGAUGACUACAUUUUUGCUAAAAGUUGUAAUAAGUGCAAGCUACAGUUAAAACGUAAAAUAUGCGUGGAAGAACUUUUAUUAAUUUAUUGGCGGUAAGACUAGGGUAGAAAUAGGUGUUCUUAAAACGUAACUCAUGUGGGCACAAAAAUGACUGGUUUAGAGAAGAUAUGGAUUGUUUCAACAUUGUUUGGCUAUGCAGUAAGUAAAAUCAAGCAGGUAUGAUUUAUUACCUUUCAAAUACGAGGGCAUUUAUGGCAAAAAGGGCCUUACCACCUAAUGGAGUUUAUUGGAGUAUUUACCGAGUAAAUACACCUUAAAUAUUAUACAGACACUUUUCGCACUAAUUUCAGAUUAGAAAUAUCUAAUUUAAUAUGAUAAAGAUUGGCGUUGAGAGGCUUUUUGUACACUAUACGACUAGGAAAAUAUAAAUUUUCCGAUGUGUUUAAUGUUCAAAAAAUUCAUAUGAAAUCGUAUACGACUGUUUCCUGGUUAUUAAUUUGGUUGUAAAUUUGGUGACAAUGUAAUAUGUGAUCUGUAAUGAUCAAUAAGUCGAUCAAUAUAAUGAUCAAUAUUGCGUUAUAGUGAUGGGUGUUUUUCGUUGCUAACCAGUUUGAAUUAUAUUCUCUCUAGGUUCUGCUUACCAGCCUUAUGCCACUGACCCACAAUCGAUUGCUCUACAACAGGCCGAACUUCAGGCGAAAAUUCUGAGUAUUCUAAAUCCAAGCACAAAACUAACCACAGAGAACAAGCCAACUUCCAAUGACGGAGCAGUUGCCAAUUCAAAACCCUCUAUCCCAGUUUUGACACCAUCGAACAGCGCAUCAAAUGCGUUCAAGGCCCCAAGUGCGCCUGCGCAAAACCCACCGCAAUCCCAAACAAGUAAUAUCAUUGGUAUGGCUUUAUCAAGUAUGCGCGGUGGGGCAACAUCCCAGAGUGGAACCCCUACCCACACCUCUGCUCAGGGGUCAACUGCAAACCCCUCCUAUCCAGGUGCAAAACUUUCUUAUUCUGGUGCAGGCUCUUAUUCUGGCUAUCCUUCACCCACUGGUCAGUCAUGGUCGCAGGCUCAUUAUCGUAGUCCAGCUCCCAGUCCCUCGCAACAUCGCGGACCAGCUCCCAGGCUCUCUCAACAUCGCGGACCAGCUCCUAGUCCCUCUCAACAAGCGCGGCCAACCGGAAGUCCUGGAUACCCAAGAUACCCAGGGGCAGGACAAAUGAACAAUCGUGGUGGGUAUCGUGCCAGUUAUCCAAACAGUUACCCACCACAAGCAAGAUAUUAGACACUCGUGUUUUAUUUCGAACUCCUAGCUUGGGGAGAGGUCCUUUACAUUAGGAGACCAAUUGUUGAAUUGGAGUUGUGUUCCAACAACAUGCUCCUAUGCUUCCAGAUAUUUGUUAAAACAAGUUCCAUUUUACAUGGAUAUUAUCUGGAAUGCUUGUGUUCCAAGUUAUUUUAUGAUGUUUUUAAACACGAAAGGCUUUUGCCUGUAUAGUCAGGAAGGAAAUUCGCAAUACGUAACAAAUAUACUAACCAUAUCACAUAUGCUUUUAUUGGGAUUUGGAAUGUAUUUUACUAUCACUCAAUCUAAUGUUUCAAUGUAUAUUUUCAGAUGUUUUUAAUCCCAUGCUUUUGCUGGUAUUUUGACUUUCUAUAAAGUAUAACCGUUUCCUUCUACUAUAUGCCGUUAUUGGUAUUCUGUAUGUUGCAAAGUACGACGCUGACCCGGAUCGGCGACCACUGGUCAACAAAGGGGGACUACAGAAAAUUUUUUUAAAAUUCAAAAAAUGCCUCAACCUACUCCAAAUUUCUGGAAAUUGUCGAGAACCAUUUCUUUCAUCAAAACAGUCGAUUUUGACUGAUAAAAACAUUUUUUUUGAAAUUUGGUCAAAUGCAUAGGGGACUAUCCAUACUUUGUGAAUUGCCCUUCCUGACUAUAUUAGUCUGUCUAAAUUACUAGAUAAAUUACUUGUACAACAGCUCUGUAAACUAGAAUAAAGACAAUAAACAUGUAUGGACGUAUUCAUAAUUUUUUAUUUGAACAGAAGUGUCAAGGUUGAAACUUUUAUGUAAUGUUAGAAUUUGUGUGUAUUUUUACACCGAAAUGCGAAAUAUCGUUAAAGAUAUUGCAUUAAUUGUAUUUUAAUUUUUUAAUCAAAGAGUUAUUGUAGUGUGUAAUACAAUACGUCUUGAAUACGCUGAAUAGUUAACCAAGAUCGAUUUAUGAAAUUGCUACUUUUAGGUUAUGUAUAUAUAAAUAGCAUUGUACUUUGCAAUUUAAUGCUUUUUAUGUUAUAUACAAGCAAAUAAAUGUCUUUGGUCAGCACACGUUGGCAGACACCUCUGUUACAUUCGAUUGCCCUCGGGCGUCAGGUGUAUCUACUUGACUCCAGUCUCUUGAAUGCCUCGUCUAGUCUACUGCAAUCUUGUUUAACUUGUUGUAACACUUGUUCCUAAAAACAUAACAAUUUAAAAUUUUCAUGCGCCAUUUCUUACUUGACCAGUGUUUUGUCAGGUACCCCGGCCAGAGGACCUUUGGUGAUUCAUGAUGGAUAGUGGGAGCACUCUUGCA